AUUUCAAAUAUUUAGAUGUUUUAUUUGUUAUUUCAUCAUUAACAAAUUAAAAUGUAUGGUGAAUGUGACCUCUUGUUCCAGGAGGAAAGGUUAAAUCAAUUAUACGUUGGCCACUCUAAACCAAGUGUCACAAUGAAAAUGCCAAUAUUCUUUCUCAUGAUUGUCGUAGUAGGAACUACCGUGGGUACGUUUGUUGACUAUGUUUAUACUAAAGAGAUUUAAAGUAUUUAAUAUAUAUAUAUAUAUAUAUAUAUAUAUAUAUAUAGAGAGAGAGAGAGAGAGAGAGCGAGAGAUUUUAAGUGUGACAUAAUUAAUUUAUAAAAAUUUUAAAUAUUUUUUUUUACUUUAUAAAUCCAUGCAUUUACACUUUAAAGUUACAAUAAUUAAUAAACCAAAUAAAUUCCAGAUUCAGAACUCCUUAAAAGUGUUUGACUAGGUCUCGCAAACUCUACAACUGUUUUGAGGAUGUAUUGCGUAGUCUUAAUAGAAGCAAUCAGUGGCGUAACUAGGGUGUGCGUCGUAGUGGGGAGGGGGGGAAGGCAAUAAAUGUCUUGUCAUCCUCAUCAAAAAUAAAAAUAAAAGAAAGUCUGCUUUUGGCCGAAAACAAUGCGUAGUGCAGAUCGUGAACUUUGCACUCCCAUCUUUGUCUCUUGUAUAGUUGAAUUUAAAAAAAAAAAAAAUUAAUUGCAGUAAACAUAUUUAAUUUAUUACGAAAGAUAACUUUAUACAUUAGAAAUCUAACUUGUCCAUUACUACAGGAACAUAAAGUAAAACGUUUAUAAAGGUGGGGGGAUACGAAACCAGUUAAAAAACAUUUUAAAAAUUAUUAUUCACUCUUUUUCUUUUAUGAACAUUCCUUAUACAAAUUAAAAUACGCCUUUACAAACCCACGGCAAUGUCUCUACUUUAGCUUGGCAAACAAAGAGGUUAAUUUAAAAAAAAAAUAUUUUUGCACAUACCAUCUAAAAUCAUUAAUAUAAUAAAUAUCAAGUUAAAUUAAUUUACUUUACAAAAGGUAUAUAUUUGAGGUGUUGAAUAUAUUUUAAGUUAUUUUAAAAUUAUUUUACAUAAUUAUAAAAUUUUAAACACAUAUUACUGAAAAUAUAUCUUUUUGAUGCAUUAAAUUUUAACUAUAAGAUCUAUUUCUUAGAUAUGAUGCACGCUCAAGAAAUAUCAUAUUUUAAACUGGGUUCAGAGAAGUGUUCAACCAAAUGCAAACGUGGCUAUUUAAAAAUAUUCGAUUCAUGCAGUUUUAACUUUGAUGUCAGCUUUAAAGAAACUUUACCAGACUUAUCAUCUCUACAUUUUGAGUUAAUGGAGGCUUCGAGCAACAUUUACACUCAUGUAAGUCUUUAUAAAAUAAACUCAUUACCUAUAUAUAUAGUAAAACAAAGUAAGGUUCAACCUGAAAAAAUGAACGCAACAAAACAACGAACGUGUCGGCAAAAAGCCUUCCUUCGUCAGCGAACAAAACAAGAGAAAAAAAAAUGGAAAUAAAAUUAAAAAAUAACACUUAGCUUAGAAGUCGUAUCAGUGGGAACAAGAAGAAAUGUGACAGAAAGUGAGUGAGAUUUUAAUAGGGAUGAGCGAAAUAAAAGAGGAGAAGUAAGUCCACUGCGAUAGGUCGGGAGUGGAAGGACGGAGCUAGGUUUAAGCUGUGAAAAGAGACAAGACAUUUAUCCCAUCAAUGGGCCAUAAGUCAGGAUAAGAUUGUGCCCCCACUUCACCCGGCUGGGUGUGUUUGUGUUAGCUACGAUCGCACUUAUUGUAAAGUCGGUCUUGCCCUGGUGGUCGCUACUAUUAAAGUGUAUGGAGACGGGACACUGUUAAUUUUGUGUAAUGUUACGGAGGUGUUCAAUACACCUGUCAGAGAGUCCCCGUCCAGUCUCCAAUAUAUACGUCAUCUGGCAGCGGGUGCAGAUAAUGGCGUAGACAACGUUGCGGCGUGUACAAAGAAAACCGUCGCGUAUCUAAAAACUGCCCUUAGGGAAGCGUAUGUGUUGAGUCUGGAAAACAAAAGGGCAAGUGUUGCAACGGCUGUGUCCACAUGGUUUGGUCCCAAAGUAGGAGGGGGCAACUUGAUACGUUUGCGCACAAGGAUGUCUCUCAGAUUCGUAUCCCGUCUGAAAACAAUAAGAGGUGGGAAGAGAAAAUUUCUCGUGUGUCGGUGUCUGCGUGUAGUAUAGAGCGGUUUAUAAAGAAAAACACGUUUAGCUAUCAGAUUGUGAGGGUGAUUAGUGAGAAUAAGUUUAGUCCUGUCAACGUUGUCGCUCAGACCUGACCUGAAGGCAUCUACACGGGUAAUAUUCUUAACACUUUGUAGGGCUGAUGAUAGUACUGUCUCGGGUAAGAACUACAGCGGAAAAAGUAUGUCAUCUCAAGUGCUUUUUCACAAAAGUCCUCGUCCGACUGACAAAGUCGAUGAAGACGAAGUAACUGAGAAAGGAAUAGAGUAUUUACAGGAUUUAUGGUGGGAUGAAGAGUAGAGUAGAUAGCUGUGGCUGUCAGUGGGCUUAAAGUAGGCAGAGGUGAGUAGGUUGUCUUUGUGACUAGUGACUGUAAUGUCAAAAAAAUUUGACUGAGGUCUCAGAGACAAGAGACGUGAAUUUAAUGGAGGGGUUAAGAGAGCCUACAAAGUUAAUGAGCAGUUCAAGUUCACUCCUCACUGACAUCUAAGUUCGUCUUAUAGAAUGUAGGGAGGCGUCCAGUAUAGCUGCUAUUGACCAUGUGUUCGAAGUGCCCCAUGAACUAGCAUGCAUUACUGGGUGCCAUUUUAGUCCCCAUAGCGACACCACUGAUUUGGUCGAAGAAUUGCCACAAAACUCAAACGAAUUGAGGUUGAGGACUAGUUCCGCCAAUCUGAGGAGAGUGUUGGUGGGUAUAGGUUUUGUCUCAAGGAAGAAUUUGAGAGCUAAGAGACCGUCAUUACUCAUUACCAAGGCACCUAACACUAAACAAUAUAAUAUGGCUAUUUAUAUUAAUGUCUUGUCGGGAUUUAUGUACCCGUAGGUAUGGAAGUGUAAUCAAAUAUAUAUGUUACGAUUUUAUUUUUUUUUAAAAAUAUUUAAAUAUAUUUUCCACAAUUUUCUAUGCUUUUAUAUUUUAUAUGCACAUUAAUAUAGAGAUUUAAAAGCAAUGUGUGUCAAAUUUAAAAAAAAAAAAAAUUCUACACUUUUUGUUUCCAGUAAAAACUGUAGGCACAUUUCAAGCACUUGGAUCAAAAUUAAAAUGCGAAAACCAUUAUCUUUUCAGUUACUGACUUUAGACAUGAAAUCUGAUUGUGAGGGAUAUAAAGAAAAUGCUGAUGUUUAUUGCACAGAAAUAAACAUGAAUGUGUUUAGCAUUACCAUUAAAGCAAAUGAACUCUCAAGAUAUAGUGAAGCUAAAAUCAGAGCUUACAUUAAAGCGCCUAAUAAACCCAACGUCGUCAGCGGUGUCCAGGAAUUCCCAAAAUUUUAUGGUAAGCAAAAAAUAAUUAAAAUAAAGAAAAUUAUAAACAAAUUUGACUUUUGCGAGAUGAAACUUUAGGAGCGGAGACAUCAGUUCGCAUUUCAUAUCGGCUAAUUAUCAUUAAAAUAUAAGCAGCGCAUCAACUCAAAUCUGCCUAUUUUAGUGUUAGAUCAGUGACCCGUUUGGAGUGGUAUUCCUUUAUGUGUUGAAUAAUAUAUUUGUCAUUCCGAGCGUGCAUAGGGUUAUUUUUUUAUAAUAAAUUAUAUUAGUGAUUAAUUUUAUUUCGGAACUACACUUAUGCAUGAUUAGGUUUAUAGGUGUACAAUUGUAAAGAAUGAUAGAUGAAUAGGUGGGCAUGAGCAUAGCAAAUUUACUGACAGGCGAAUCGGUGGAUAUGUGGAAUAAUAUGUUGUACAACUUAAACAUACGUUUCAUUUUGUUUUCCCAGAUACAACUGACGCAAGUGGCCAACUUAAAAUAAACGGCAUUCACAUGGCCACAGGAUCAAACUGUAAUACAACGAUUGCUGGAAAAUAUUUAACUAUUGAGUUUCAAUGCAUCAGUCAGGCCAAACCCUGUAUGAUACAAUUAAUAAUUAAUGAAAAUGUUGAGUUGCAAGAAGAAGAAAAUCAUAUUGCAUAUGAACACAUCUUCGAAAGCUCCCAGGAAGUUAAUGUUACUAUACAAUUUUCAGCAUGCAUCCUGGAACAUUUUUAUAACAACAUGAGUUGUACUAUAAAAACGGGUACUAAAUCUUUAUAAUUAUUUUUAAAAAUUAUUUUUAUUAUUUUUAUAGUCUUUCAAUUUUUUAAUGUCUGUGAACUAUUUAUAUAUAUCAACUGCAAAAUAUUUAAUUGAACGUCUUAUCAUUACUUCGUCUUCGCUGGAAGAUUUUCGAUAUAAAAUGUAUGUAUUUUUUAUUCAUAGGAAGGGGAAACUUAAUUUAUUAUGAACUAUUAUUUGUUUGAUGAUUUGAAGGAAAUGGUAAAGCAGUUAGAUUACUCACACAACAGUUAGCACUUUCGAUAUAUUUAUUAUACAUUUUUUAGCUUACAUUUCUUAACGGGAUUUAGACACACAAUUUAGACCGACUGCUUUAAAAUAAAUCAUUAAGGUUACACAUUUCACUGAAGUUAGAUGAAUAGCCAUUACAUUAAAAUAAUACGUAAUACUGCCAUUAAGAAGAUAUACAUAAUAACUUUCUUCAGUUGAAAAAAAAAAACAUUCAUUCGUAAAAAUGGACUGGCAAAAUGAAAUACUUUUUUUUUUCUUUAAAAAUUGAAGCUCCAAUGUAACAUUUUUUUUUUAAAUUAACAAAAAUGUGAAUUAGCUAUAGCCUGGAUUAGUAAAAAUAUUAUUUCUUUGGGUUUUUUUUUUUUUUUUUUUUUUUUUUUUUUUUUUUUUUUUUUUUGUUUUUUUUAUUUUUUUUAAUUUUUUUGUUUUUUUUUUCCAAUGUAACAUUUUUUUUUUAAAUUAACAAAAAUGUGAAUUAGCUAUAGCCUGGAUUAGUAAAAAUAUUAUUUCUUUGGGUUUUUUUUUUUUUUUUUUUUUUUUUUUUUUUUUUUUUUUUUUUUCUUUCCCUUUUUUUUUUAAUUUUUUAUUUUUUUUUUUUUUUUUUUUUUUGUUGUUGUUGUUUCGCAGCAUCCCAAUGUAUAUUAAAUUUUGAGAUUUUUUUGCAAAAUUUAUAUAAAUUAAUAUAUUGUAAUAUAUUUAGUUCACGCCAUAUGAAAAAAAACAAUAAUGUAAUAUAUACAUCAGAAUUCUAUAUGUGUACAAUCUUUUUAAAUUAAAAAAAAAAAAUUUAAAUAUGUCAACUUUACAUGGACAUUUUUUCAAACAGAGAUGAAAUAAUUUUGUUCAUAAAAAGAUAGAAGUCUUGAACACCCUGAAAAAUAAGGAUGAAAUUUAGCAUCAACUUUUGAUACAUUUCUUAAUUUAUUCUAGACCUUCUUCUGACUUUUUAGCCUCUUCAAUUACUCGGUCAACUGUUUAUCUGCCUUCGAGAUCCGUAUUGAAAAAGUCCGAUGUAAAGUGACCAAAGGUCAUCUUCAAAAGUCUUAGACAAGCCUCCAAUGAUUUGGAUCCAUCAUUGAAAAGAAGGGUUGAUAAUCCAAUACCUGUGAUAAUAUCUCUUAAAUCAUGAAAUUUGUUCUUUAGGCACAUUUUCCAAAUUAAAAUAUCUAUUCGUUCCAAUUUUGGAUAUAACCGUCUUGACAUUUCCUAAAAAUACUUAGAUGAGAAAGGUCUAGAAAAAUUGGCUUUAAUUUAUCCCUUAAUAUGUGUACCUAUGUAUCUUGGUUGUGUGUGUGAUUCAUAAUAACGAUAGUUAUCUAAAUUGUAGAUUUUAAAUCAGCUGAUACUGUCACUUCUUUAUAAUGAAAUAUCAAUUUAUACACGUUGUUUAUAUGAAACCCAACACAUAACCCUUUUAAUAAUAACACUAAUGAUAAGCGAAAUAUAACAUGGUAGGCAUCUUAAAAUAUAUAAGGGAGCACUUGCUAGAUCAGGGGUCUCAAACUCAAAUUAGCCGGUGGCUGCAGAAGGAAGUGUCUCAGUGAACCUGGGCCUGCAUUAAGUAAUUAAAACAAAAAAGUUGUUACCGAUUCAAGUACAGCUGUUAUAAUCUGCUCAAACUUUUUCAUAACAAAUAAAAAAUUAAGGGGUCUCAUGAACUAGGCUUCACUUACUUUCUUUUUCUCCUUGUUGCCAGAGACUUGGCAGCGCUUCUUCUUACAAAGCUGAGAAACAUGUGGCUUGAAAGAGGAAGCAACUGAGAAACUCAGUAUAGCUUGAAUAUGCUCAUCAGUAAGUUUUGCAUUAAACUUUGACUUGUUAAAGUUCAUAGUGGAAAAGAGAUUUUCAUACAAAUAGGUGCUCUUACAAAUGCACAUUAUCCACUUGAACAACCGUGGUGUCCCUGGGAAGCUGGAGGGCAAUUCUCUCAUUAAUUUGCCCAAGCUUGUAUGUUUUCCUAUUCACCUCCCUGAACUUAGCCUAGAUUUCAGAAUUGCACUGAAGUUCAAUCAGCUCCAUUUGAAGUGCUUGGGAGGGGCAUUUACCAUAUUGAAUGAGAAAAAGUCGGAAAAAAAUGUGAAAAGUGGCUCUGUGUGUUUUGAAGUCUGUAAACCUGUGACCUAAUUCUUCCUAUAGCUAUUCAAUGGCAUACUGAUUGGUGUGCCUGAGUCAAUGAGCAUUUUGCAAUUUGGAAAAUGGAAAAUGGCAGAGAUUUCUCUCAGAGAGCUGGGAAUUUCAAAACACACAUUUUGUGCAGAAUAUCCCGUGCAAUGUCAACAAGAAAAGCAAAGUCCAUAAGCCCUUUGGGAUUAUUUAGUACAGGAACAACCACCCUAUCCUUCUCCAUGAAAGUUUUUGAUUUCUGCUCUCAACUCAACAAAUCUUUUUCAAGACGUUUUCCAUUAAAGCCUACGUACCUCUGUGAAGUAGAUACUAUCCUAAUGUGCUGACUCUAUUUCCUGUAAAAAGGCACGGAACUGACAGUGCUUCUAGUCCAUGGAUCCGAUAUGGUGGAUGCAUUUCACAACGUCAGACAUAUCAUUGUCAAAUUUCUGGCACUUGCUGCAAAACUCCUGCUGAGGGAUAAUGCAGUGUAGUGACAAUGCCUCUUCCACACCUUCCUAUUUCAGUUUUCUUUGAACAUGUGCCACGAGUCCAUGUAUUACCCCUGUCAUUGAUGGCGCUCUGUCGAUUGUUAUUUCUGCAGAAUUGUUCCACUGUAAACCGGCAUCCACAAUGGAAUUACACAGAUGGCAGAUUAUCCCCCAAUCAUUGGUCUGGACAUGCAUUGGAAUCACUUUGAGCAACACCUCCGUUAAUUCAAAAUAGUCAUCAACACCACGGGCAUAUUUUGCCAGCUGUGCAGUGUAAGUAACAUCUAAGCUCUCACCAAGAGCGCCUGACAAUGCAUGACAAUGUUUAUCUUUCUCGCACAAUUCAUCAGAAAUGUCACCUGACAGCUCAGAAAUGCACUCUGCCACUGUGUUGCCAGAAAGGCUGAAGUUGCUGGAUCGACCAUUAUUUCCCGGAUAGACUAAACUUGCAGCUUGUAACAUAUAAUUUUUGAUAAACUCGCCAUCUCACUCGCCACAUAACUAGCUUCAAAUGCUGCAUCACUUUCUUUGUUUAAUUUCUUGGAAAAAUUCAUGCUGCCUCAGUUUACAUGUUUUAAGAUAAGCAACCCGGGCCUCUUCCUUGUCUCCAUGUUAUUGUGUAUACUCCUCAGCAUGUCUGGUUAAAUAAUGAUGCCAGAUGUUGUACUCGUUGUGCACCGCAAAUUUCUCGUUGCAAAUAAGACCCGUGGAAAUGCCCAUGUGCUCAUCAAAGCAAUAGUCCGUCUCCCACUCAUCCUGAAAUUGUUUGCGCUUCACGCCAACCGUUCUCUUCACAGCAGGUUUUGAGAAAGACAUGAGUAGGGUCUGGUGACACAAAUAUUUAUUUGCACUGUUUGAUAACAUAUAUUUUCCCACCAUUGGGUAACAUCAAAUCAUGUUUCACCUGACCAGGCUUACAGGCUCGUAACUCAGUCACUUGUCACUAGUACACACUAGCGGUAAUUUUAAUAAGGAUUGUUUGAUACUGUGUCAGAUUGCUAGGCUUUACAUAGUUCGAAGCGUGUUUUAUCAAAACCGUACUUUGGCGAUGUUUAUAUUUUAACAUGCUAUCAAAUAAAACAUUUUAGUCCGAUUUUAAAACGGUUUUUGCCAUUAUAACAUACUUCAAAACCUAUAUGUAUUUAUUUAAAAAUAAAUGAAAAUCAGAAUUAGAGUAUUCGGUGGUAUUCGUCUGAAACCUUCGCGGAGAUUUACGUUAUAGAUACUAGAAUGUGGACAACGUACAGACGGCGUUAAUACUAAACUUUGCUGUCAGGUAACGGGUCGCUAAAUAUCGUCUUGUAGGAGGCGAGUUUGAGACUCCUGUCUUAGACAUUCCUUAAUUUUACGCAUCUAGUCUGAUCGAAAAUCUGUACUCCACUCACUUCUCUUAAAAUUCGCGUAAACUUUUCCCGCCUAUAACAUGAAUCCCUCACUUUAUGUUCUUCUUAAAUUGAAUUGAAUUGAAUUUAGUAUUUAUAUAGUGCUUGUAUCCAUGCUACUUUAACAUGCUCACUUCGCUUUGAUGUUCUUAAAUCUUUUUUUUUUUAAAUCAUAAGAUGUUUCUUAAAUGAUUUUUAUCAUUUUUAAUGUCCCUCAGAGAUUGGGGCAAGCUGUUGCAUAUUUUUUGGUGCUAUCGCUUCAAAAGAGCGCACUCCAUAUGGCUUUUUUUCUUUGUUCAUCUACACUGAGAACAAAUAUCCCUCUACCCAAAAGGUUGUUUGAUUAAGACGAGUCUGGUUUGCAAUGGUUUGCAAAACAAAAAAAACAGAAGAGAAAAAACUGAAAAAACAACAAACAAAAAAAAAACGAUUGUCGAAUUAAAAAAGCAUGCAGUGUUACACUACUUAGACACAAUUAAUAUAAAGAUAAAUGAACAUUUUCUAUGUCUUCACGUUUAUCCGAAAAAGAAUAAUUAUUCAAUAAAUAUCUUUACGUUUUAUGUCUGACCUAUUCUGGCUGAACGUGGUAUUAGAUGUUUCAAAGAAACUACAAUUUCGUAUUUUAGACACAUGUAUUUCAACUUCAUUUCAAAUUCAAUGUAAUCAGAUUCAUUGUUUUAAUAGUUACAUUUUAAGUUUAAAUAUCUUCAUUUGAUCUAAUAUUAGGUUUAAUUGAUCUAUUUCCCAAAAAACUUGUGUUUCUUUGAAUAUCAUGAAUAUUUGUAAUACCAGAAUUUUAAUAAAUGAAUUAUAAAAAAAAUAUUAGGACACUUUUUUAAAAUCACAAUCUCCCAUCAAUUUUUAAAAGAUGCUGUUAAUUUCAUGAGACAAAUAGCAGGGGAGGUCUUGUUUUUUUUUUAAAAUCAUCAAUUCAUGAAAAAAUAAAAUUUUGUGUUGUCAAUAACUUACCCAUUCUAUUAAAAUAAAUCAUAUUUUCAGACAUAUUUAUCAUAUUUGAAAAAAGAAAAUACACAUGCAUCUGCAAAAUUAAAUACGAUAAUGCUUUAAUUUGAUAUCAAUAACUACCACCAUCUCGAAAAUCGACAUUGUAUUGUAUAGAGUAAUCCGUAAAGUGUUAGCAUCAAAGUCUUAAAAAAAAAAAAGUAUCUUUAAAAAAAUGAUUAUUAGCAAUUAUAAAUAUAUUACAAGUUGUAAGGGUAGCUUUUUGUGCGCUGAAAUACUCUUUUAUGUUAAUUAAGUUUCAUAAAAAAAUUGUUUAAAUUAAUGCAGGUAUAUGAUUUUCACAUCUAUUUUUUUAAACGUUAAGAUAUAAUAACAAUUUCAAUCUAAUAAUUCACUCUUUCAGACGAAAACGUCAUUGAUGAUAACAACAACAACAAAAUUAUAGCAAUAGUUGCAAGUACCAUUUCCAUCAUAGUAAUUAUUUCAGUUGGAGUAAUCCUGUUCAUUUGCUGGUAA